AUGCGUUUAGCAAAUAUUUUUCUCUGUAAACGAGUGCGAGCGAUUGGCACAAGUGAUGGAGAGUCCGACAGUGACGGUGAGGGUCGAAUCGGUCGUAAACGUGCCGCUGACUCUCGCGAGGCUGCGGUAGCUGAACCACCGAUUCCACGUCGACCCGUUGACCUCAUCGUACUCGGCGUGAAUUACAAGACAACAGACGAAGGAUUCAAGUCCUACUUUGAAGCUUUUGGUACAGUCGUGUUUGCUGAGAUCAAACGAACACCAGAAGGCUCAUCAAAAGGUUUUGGAUUUGUGCAAAUGAGUACAGUAGAAGAGCAGGAUAAGGUGCUUGCGACAGCCAAUCACAUGCUUGAUGGUCGUCGAUGCGAUGUGCGAAUUCCCGAUCAAAGGCACGACGCUCAUGGAAACACUCCCGGUGGGAGUCGAACUGUUGUACCACCGAAGACAUUAGUGAACAAGGUGUUUGUUGGCAGACUGUCGGAAAAGAUUGAGGAGCAAACACUACGGGAUUUUUUCGAUAAAGAAGCUAAACAGAUUGUCGAAUCGGCUUCGGUGACAGAUGUGUUCAUACCUCGUCCAUUUCGUGGUUUUGCAUUCAUAACGUUCACACAUUCUGAAGUCGCUGAUCGGUUGUGCAAAGCGAAUAACUUUGUGAUAGAUGGCACUUCGGUGAGUGUGACGUUGGCUGUUCCACGUGAGGACCCACAUCAAAGCGCCAGCGGAUACUUCAAUGAUUUUGGUUUUCCAUAUGGAUACGGAAAGGGAGGAGCAGGAUUUGGUGGAGCACCUGGAAUGCCACCAAAUCAUAGCCCGUUCCCUGGAAGGGAUGUGUUCGGAUAUAGUCCUCCACCUGGUGUAUACGGCCGUCCAGGAUACGAUGGUUGGGUUCCACCGCCCUCUCUCCAAGGCACUCCACGAUCAAGCCGUAACGGACCAGCACACGAACAACCAUGGUAUCGAAUUAUCCGCUAG